AUGCUACUCAUGUUGAUUGUAGCGUUCACAACCUACGCCACUCCCGGGAUCCAAGGCUGUGAACAUGAAAAGAUCCUGGCCUGUGCCGUGGGACUUCAGGAAGAGUUGUCAACAACUCGUCUCAUUGUAAAUAUCAAUCAGCUCAAAACCUACUGUGAUAAAAUGGCCGCUGCUCACAACUGUAUACUCAACCAGUCGAAUACAUGUCAAAGUGACGUGCGCUCCUCAUAUGCGCACGUUGUCAAAGCCGAGCAAAGUGUAAUCCGCGACUUGUGCCGGAAAGGCCCUUUUCAAGACGACUAUCUCCGGGAAGCUGGCUGCCUUUCGAGGAUCUAUUCCGAACAGAAUAAUGGAGUCUGUAGUAAGGAUUACGUGAAUCUGGUUGCCCACGCAUUUGGAUCGAGGAGUCGAGAGAAGAUGCACAACCCGACCACGCUGCACAAUAUGUGUUGUGCGUACUACGCGGUAUUCAAGUGUACUCAGACGCACGCUGGACGGUGUGGGGGACGGACCAUGACGAAGAGCCCGCUUCGCCAGAUAUACCAAGGCCUGGAUCACAAUUGUCGACCUUUCAAAGCCGUUUGCGAAAAGUCGAAGGGGACUCCAGGAUCCGGAGGUGCUACGGGUGGAGGAGGUGGAAAUACUUAUCACAAGCCGAAGAUUCUUCCCCAUCAUCCCCCGGCGGGGAAAAAUAGAGGCCACAGCGGUAGCAGCAGCAGUGGCGUUGCGCGUUCAUUCUCACUCAGAAAAACCGCCCCUACGGCGCGUCUUUUGCUGGCUGUUGCUGUUGUUGUGACGCUAGUCUCCGCUGUCAUAUCGUCGGCCGCAACUCCGUAG